GGUUUGGCACCUGCUCCAUCCUUUUUUCCCUCGCCUUCCCUACCGACAUUUAUUCCUUUCCUUGCCUUUCCUUAUCAUCUUCAUUUCUGACGGAGAGUUGCUUCUCGAAAUAUUUGCUUAUUUCGACACGCUUCUGGUUCCGACUGGUCUCAGCACCAUGGACACUAACGAAUGGGAUUCGGUUCUCUCCUUCGCGUCGGAGCCGGUGGCUUUGAGCUCACCCGGUUUCUCCAGUACAUGUGAGGGAAAGAUACGCGUGGAUCACGGCUCGGACGGGUCGCCAACGCAAGUCCCGACUCCACCGGAAUCGAUGAACGGCUCUCCAACAGCCGAAGGUACCUCAGAAGAAAACAUCUUCGUUUCUGUCUCGACGACGUUCUAUCCCGGCGCCCCAAACGACGCCCUACCGCCAGAUAUGACCCUUUUGUCGUCAGACUCGGUAUUUUUCUACAUUCAUACUCACGUACUGCUUGGAGUUUCGAGUAAUCGUUUCAAAUCUUUGAUUCCAUUAUCCACAACGACCAGCGCGAAGGAGCAGAAUGUGGUCGUACAUGUACCCGAGACAGCCCCGGUCCUCAACAUCAUUUUGCAUACCGUGUAUCGAAUGUCCUGUAUGCAUUAUUCACCCUCUUUCGAUACUCUAGUGGCUGCAGUCCAUCAGUUGCCAAGCUAUGGUAUCGAUGUCAUAUCCCAUAUAUCGCCAUCCACGCCUCUCUACUCGCAUCUGCUCUCACAUGCCCCUCUGUUUCCCAUGGAUCUAUAUGCAUUGGCGGCGUGUUACAAUUUGUAUGACCUCGCAGUAUCAACAUCAUCUCAUUUACUUUCAUAUCAUCUUCCUGGACUCACCGACGAGCUCGUGGAUCGAAUUGGUCCAAGAUACCUCAAGCGACUAUUCUUCCUGCAUAUGGGGCGUACAGACGCAUUAAAGCGGAUAUUGCUCCCUCCCCCUCAUCCCCAUCCUCCGACACCUUGGUGCGACUUUGAGGAACAGAAAAGGUUGUCCCGAGCAUGGGCGCUUGCCUCUGCAUAUCUCGCAUGGGAAGCUAGACCCGAUCUCUCUGCAAGCACGCUAGAGAACGCCUUGGGCCCUCUAGCAGAGCAUCUGUCGUGCCCUGCCUGCAAGGAGGCACUUACUAUGCGCGUGAAGGAUCUCGUCGUCCAGUGGAGUAUAGUCAAACGUACGAUCUAAGGCAUCACACACUUCAUCAUGCCGUAACCUGCAACCGCUUUCGUUCUCCAUGUUACGAUAACCAAAAGAUCACAGCCACAAGCUGCUCUUUAUUAGAUUCCGCAUUGCGGCCUUCCAUCAUGGGACUUUCAAGCACUUGUAUUAUUAUUCUGCUCUGUGGCCCAUUCACGCAACUGACCACACAUGUCAUCUGUUCGUUCACGAUACCAUUCGAAACUGAUCUGUAUCACUGUCUGUUUACACUAUCAACCAUCAGGGCUUUCUCCUUCCAGGGACUACUUUCCUUUUCCCAGCCUCAAACCAGCCAUCGGUUGUACAUUAUUCUUUUCCAGGCAUAUUUCUCUGUAUCCAAAUUCACUCGUCUAACAAUACACGAAUAGACCUGUAUCACACUUUCGAUCAUGAC